AAAUGAUUGGCACAACCAAAGGCAAAGAGCAGCCAAAAGAUGAAUCAUACAUAACCUGUCUGCCAAAACCCUGUGUUUCUCUCAAUCUCAGCCUCUCAAUUUUUCUCAAAAACCCCAGAAAAAUCUCUCCCAAUCUAUCCCAAGAAAGCCCAUAAGCUGCCAAAAGUUCAGUUUCUUUUGUCAUAUUCUUCCCAAUUUUUUUGCUUGUGCGCAAAGAGCAGAGGCUUGUAUGAUAGUAUCUUUCCCCGUUCAAAUUUCUGUGGCUUAGUUUGCAUUGUUGAAGGUCACAAAUUCAACCCCUCCUGAACAAGUCACUGAAGGACACACAAUUGUUCCUCUCAGAGGAACCCAGGAACUGUAAACUCAGUGUUUGAAGGUUGGAUUGCAGUUUGACCUUAUGCCCGGGAACAAGUACAACGGUAUUUCCAGCGUCGUCCCCACCAGCAGAGUAGAGAGGCUCUUGAGGGACAGAGAGUUAAGGAAGAGCAGCAGGGCAUCUCAUCCAAAUGAGGCAACUGAUACAAACAGGGGAACAGAGCUCUUGGAACAUGAAGGUGAUAACUUGGGGUCUUCCCAUGUGGAACAGCAUUCAGAAACAGCUGCAAUCCGAGGAGUGCUUAGUGAGGAAUGUGAAAAACAAGAGACCAGGCCUGCCAGACAGAGACUUCUGGUGGUGGCUAACAGGCUACCGGUGUCUGCAAUUAGGAGAGGUGAGGAAUCAUGGUCCCUAGAGAUAAGCGCCGGGGGUCUAGUCAGUGCUCUUCUGGGUGUAAAGGAGUUUGAAGCAAGAUGGAUUGGAUGGGCAGGUGUAAAUGUGCCUGAUGAGGCUGGACAGAGGGCACUUACCAAAGCUUUAGCUGAAAAGAUGUGUAUCCCAGUAUUUCUUGAUGAAGAUAUUGUUCAUCAAUAUUAUAAUGGCUACUGCAACAACAUUUUGUGGCCUCUUUUCCAUUACCUUGGACUUCCGCAAGAAGAUCGACUUGCCACCACUAGAAGUUUUCAGUCUCAGUUUGCCGCAUAUAAGAAGGCAAAUCAAAUGUUUGCUGAUGUGGUAAAUAAACAUUAUGAAGAAGGUGAUGUUGUUUGGUGUCAUGAUUACCAUCUCAUGUUUCUUCCAAAAUGCCUGAAGAAAUAUAACAGUGAAAUGAAAGUUGGCUGGUUUCUCCACACACCAUUUCCUUCUUCUGAAAUCCACAGGACACUUCCGUCUCGAUCUGAGCUGCUGCAUUCGGUUCUUGCAGCUGAUUUAGUUGGUUUCCAUACUUACGAUUAUGCAAGGCAUUUCGUUAGUGCUUGUACUCGUAUUCUUGGGCUUGAGGGUACACCUGAAGGAGUAGAGGAUCAAGGAAGACUGACUCGUGUGGCUGCUUUUCCUAUUGGCAUAGAUUCGCAUAGAUUCAUUCGAGCACUUGAUGCUCCACAAGUUCAGGAUCGCAUUAAUGAAUUAAAGCGAACAUUUACAGGGCGAAAGGUGAUGUUAGGCGUCGAUCGCCUUGAUAUGAUUAAAGGAAUUCCUCAAAAGAUACUGGCAUUUGAAAAGUUUCUUGAGGAAAACUCAGAGUGGCAACAGAAAGUAGUUUUGCUGCAAAUUGCCGUGCCUACAAGAACAGACGUUCCCGAGUAUCAAAAACUUACAAGUCAGGUUCAUGAAAUUGUUGGACGCAUUAAUGGCAGAUUUGGAACCUUGACAGCUGUUCCAAUACAUCACCUGGAUCGCUCUCUUGACUUUUAUGCAUUAUGUGCACUAUAUGCUGUUACAGAUGUGGCACUUGUAACAUCUUUGAGGGACGGAAUGAAUCUGGUCAGCUAUGAGUUUGUGGCUUGCCAAGAAUCUAAGAAAGGGGUUCUCAUCCUUAGUGAAUUUGCUGGUGCAGCCCAAUCCUUGGGUGCCGGAGCAAUCCUAGUGAACCCUUGGAACAUCACAGAAGUUGCUUCUUCAAUUGCUCAGGCUUUGAAUAUGCCACCUGAAGAAAGAGAAAAACGGCAUAAGCAUAACUUUGAGCAUGUGAAAAACCACACUGCUCAAGAAUGGGCUGAAACUUUUGUAAGUGAGUUGAAUGAUACAGUUGUUGAGGCAGAUCUUAGGAAAAGGAAGGUCCCGCCAAGACUUACACCUGAAAAUGCAAUCAAAUGUUAUCUGCAGUCCAAUAAUCGAUUACUCAUAUUGGGAUUCAAUGUAACAUUAACUGAACCAGUGGAUACUCCUGGGAGUAGAGGGGGGGAUCAAAUUAAAGAAAUGGAUCUUAAACUGCACCCAGAGUUGAAGGGGCCCUUGACAGCACUUGGCAAUGAUCCAAAGACAACCAUCGUUGUUCUUAGCGGAAGUGACAGAACUGUCUUGGAUGAUAACUUCGGGGAGUUUGACAUGUGGUUAGCAGCAGAAAAUGGGAUGUUUUUACGUCACACAAAAGGAGAAUGGAUGACAACAAUGCCUGAGCAUUUAAACAUGGAGUGGGUUGACAGUGUGAAGCAUGUUUUCGAGUAUUUCACUGAAAGAACACCUCGAUCACAACUUCAAAAACGUGAAACUUCACUUGUAUGGAAUUACAAGUAUGCAGAUGCUGAAUUUGGAAAGCUUCAAGCUAGGGAUAUGUUGCAGCAUCUCUGGACAGGUCCAAUUUCAAAUGCAUCUGUUGACGUUGUCCAGGGUAGCCGCUCUGUUGAAGUGCGUGCAGUUGGUGUUACAAAGGGUGCAGCCAUUGAUCGUAUAUUAGGAGAGAUAGUUCACAAUAAAUCCAUGACCUCACCAAUUGACUAUGUUUUAUGCGCUGGCCAUUUUCUGGGGAAGGAUGAAGAUGUGUACACAUUUUUUGAGCCAGAGCUGCCUUCUGAUAACAUAAGCAUGGCAAAAAGCAGAGCGAUCGAUGCAUUUAAGUUAUCUGGUGAGAGGAAAUCUUCUUUGAAGCUUCCAGCUAACAAGAGUGGGUCAAAGUCAUCUCAUGGUAAGACACAGCGGCCUUUGCCAAACCCAGAUAAGAAAACCCCAGACCAUAGCAGUGGGAGUGGGAGUGGGAGGCGGCCAUCGCCAGAGAAGACAUCAUGGAAUGUGCUUGAUCUCAAGGGGGAGAACUACUUCUCUUGUGCAGUAGGACGAACUCGUACCAAGGCUCGCUUCACCUUUGGAUCAUCAGACGAAGUCGUCUCAUUUCUAAAGGAACUGGCUGGAGCCAAGUCUUCUUUUUAAAGUCUUGACAAAUUUGCAGAGCUAGUUUAAUCGUCUCAAUAGAGUUUUUGGAUUUAGUUUUAACAUAGACUGAAUGCAUCUGAAACCACAGGAUGAUUGAAAAUCUGGUGUUCCAUGUUGAGGAAAAAGGUGUUAUAGAGCCGAUGUCUUUUGUGAUGUAAAUAAUACCUGCAGAUUUAUGUCGGUGCCCAUUGUGGAAAAGUGCAGGAAUUCAACUGAUAUUUUGCAUGGUGUUUGGUUGCAAUAACCCAGUGAGGACCACCACCAAGGAAGGGAAAGGUCAGUCUGAGAAAAGCCAUUUAUGUUCUUUC